GUUUGUUUGAUAUCGUCUACCUCUACUACUGAGAGAGGAGAGGAAGGAGAAGUAAGGAGAAGAGACCUUUGACGGACACGUCGUUAGUGGGUUUGCCUUUCCAGUUUUGGUUCAUCCGGAAAUACUCUGACGUGGCAAACAGAUAUUCAUCCCACAAACUCUUGGACCCAGUCAGGCUGUUGGGUCCACCAUAUCACUAUUCCUACCAAAGCAAAGCUAACGAGGGCAAAGCCGACAAAAGAAAUCUCGUUAACCCAAGGCAGAAGAAAAGAAAUCGUUAACUCACGUUGGUGACUUGUCGCUGUUUGGAGGAAUUUCUAUCCUUUCUCCCGCCUCUUUAAAAGCUCUCUCUAUAUAAAGAAGAAUCUUGAUCAAAGAUCUCAAACGGGUUGAAGAAACAAAGAAAGAAAGAAACACGAAAACGAUAGCAGGAAUUCAAAGAUUGUUUGGUUACGUUAGUGGGCUUAUGCACCUUGCUUCCCGCGAUUGCUGCCUUACAUUGCUCUCUGUUUUUCGACGUAGUAUCCCUUUGUUUAGUAUAAUAUUUUAUAUUUUAUACUAAUAUAAAAAAUUUAAGUUUUCAAGAGAAUCAAAAAGAAGCAAACAAGUGAAUUGUAAUUGAAACAAACGAAAAUGGAUGGGUUUUGUUUGAAAACGGGGUUUCAUGGGAUGGCACCUGCGAUCUCGGUGAGUGGGCCACUGGAAAGUACGACCAAUGCAACGCAAGUGAGUGCGGUGGGCUGGUCUUCGGUGGAUAAUAAAUCGACAUCAUCCACGGCGGCGGCGGCACCACCGCAGAAGACGGCGUUUUCAAGAUUCUCUUUUCGAUUCCCUUUGAAAUCUUUGUGGCCCGGCGGUGGAGAUGGAAAUAGCAAGAGGUACAACGGGAUGGCCGUUGACGACGCAGUUUUGGUGGAGAAUAAUAACGGAGAGGCGAGAAAAGUAAACAAGGGGAACGUGAAUGGCGGGGAAAUGAACGGGACGUCGGAUAGACGAAAUGGGAAUUGGGUUUUCAACGUGAUACCGUCUUGGAGAAAAGAGGAACAAGAAAAAAAGAGCAUUGAUGAAGAAGGGGAGGCCGAAGAAGAAAACAAUGGAAACGGUGUCGUCAAUGAGGAGGAAGAAAUCUGUGAAUUAUGUAGUGUUGAUGAUGAUGAUGAUGAUGAUGACGAUGAAAAUGAAAAAAAGGAGAUUGAAACUGAUAAACAUUCGUUUUCCAAGAUGCUAAAAAGGGUAACUUUAGCUGAGGCUAGGUUUUACGCUCAAAUGUCUUACCUUGGAAGCUUGGCUUAUGCGAUUAGAGAGAUUAAGCCUGAAAGUCUCCUAAAACAUCAUGGUUUACGUUUGGUAACUUCAUCAAUAGAGAAGAGAGAAUUGGCAAUGAAAGUUGAGAAAAAUCAUGAGAAAAUUGGUGUGUCCUCUGAAUAUCAAGAGGCACAAAGGAAUAACAAGCAUGAUGCAGAAAGCCAUGAGCAGAGAAAUAUUGGCUAUCGGAUCAGUGCCUCUGCUGCUUCAUAUUUGCAUUCCCAUACAAGGACCAUACUUCCAUUCAAAUCAUCAAAGCCUGAAAGCAGUAAGGGUUUGUCCAAAGAUGGCAGUGGAAGUGAUGGCAGCGCUGAUAUGAUAAACUCUGAUGUGGCCUCUUUAAUGGCAGCUACUGACUCUGUGACUGCUGUGGUUGCCGCUAAGGAAGAAGUGAAGCAGGCUGUUGCAGAUGAUUUGAACGCAACAUAUUCAUUGCCUUGUGAGUGGUUUAUAUGUGACGAUGAUCAGAGUGCUACAAGAUUCUUUGUUAUUCAGGGGUCCGAGUCAUUGGCAUCUUGGCAGGCAAAUCUACUCUUUGAGCCUAUUCAGUUUGAGGGACUGGAUGUUCUUGUGCAUAGAGGUAUAUAUGAGGCCGCUAAAGGCAUGUAUGAACAAAUGCUGCCGGAAGCCCAUUCCCACUUAAAAUUACAUGGCAAGCAUUCAACUUUCCGCUUCACUGGGCACUCUCUUGGUGGCAGCUUGUCAUUAUUGGUAAAUCUCAUGUUGCUGGUAAGAGGUGAAGUGCCGGCUUCUUCCUUACUUCCAGUUAUAACGUUUGGAUCUCCAAGCAUUAUGUGUGGGGGUGACCAUUUUCUUCGCCAACUUGGGUUGCCACGAAGUCAUGUUCAAGCAAUUAUGAUGCAUAGAGACAUUGUUCCCCGAGCCUUCUCUUGCAAUUAUCCUAAUCAUGUUGCAGAGCUUUUAAAGGCUCUUAAUGGAAACUUUCGCUACCAUCCUUGUCUCAAUAAUCAGAAGCUAUUGUAUGCGCCAAUGGGGCAACUUCUGAUUUUACAACCAGAUGAGAAAUUCUCUCCACAUCAUCAUCUCCUUCCUUCAGGCACUGGUCUAUAUUUCCUAAGCUGUCCAUUGUCAAAUGAAGAUAGUGAACAGAAGCUGCUCCGGGCUGCACAGAGAAUUUUCUUUAACUCACCACAUCCACUAGAGAUCUUAAGUGACCCUUCUGCUUAUGGUUCUGAAGGUACAAUCCAAAGAGAUCAUGACAUGAAUUCGUACUUGAGAUCUGUUCGAGGUGUGAUUCGUCAAGAGCUAAAUCGCAUCAGGACCAAGAGAAAGCAGCGGCGCCAGGUCUUGUGGCCCCUGGUGUUGCCUCAUUGCAUCAAUGCUGGUAUCAUUCUUGGGAGGGCCAUCGCAACAAUCGAUGUGGCCCAAGAACAACUCAACUUCGCUGGAGUUCUACGAACCGGGAGAGAGUCCUUGAAACGGUUCAGCAGGUUUGUUGCAUCACAGCACGUGCAUUUGCUAGUGGUCCUUUUGUUGCCUGCCAAGCUGUUACUCUUGGGUGCAUACAACGUGAUCAGUUUUCGCUGAUCAGCAUAUUUGGUUGGGCAUAUGUAGUGUUUCUUUGGAGGAAGUAUUAUACAGGUGGAGGCACGUGGCUGGCGACGGUUAGACCAUUCUUUAUUCAUUGAUUUACAAAAGGAAAAUUGAAAACAGUUCAGGCUUUUUCUUUCUUAUCAUUUUUUUUAAUCAGAUGGAAGUGUCAAAUUGAUUUAUAGAAAUAUAUCAGUUGAUUAUGAAUGGUGGCAAAUGGAAAGAAACAAAAAUUGAUUAUACUUCGUAUUACGAGUACACUAGUGGAAAUGUGGAAUCCAUAUUAUGUUUUGUCUCCUUGGAUCCUUGGUAGUAGUUAAUCUUCAUUUUUCUUCAAUCAUAGUUGCCCAAAGGUAACGAGUUGCAAAAGCUUUCGUCUGUUUGUUGCUGCAAUCAAAAAGGUUCAUCAACAUACAAAAGAGGAGUCCCCACAGCCCCAAGUCCAAAAUAACUGCUCCUGAAGCCUAUCCAUCCAACAAGGCAAACAGUCAACCUGUUUAUGGAUGAAUCAAGACUACCAGGCUCACAUAAAUCUCCACAAACCACGCGUUGCAGCAGCGUUUACGUGUGGACUUCCAUCGUUAUUUGCCAUUUGCUUUGCCUCGCGGUUAACGAGUUUGCUAGAACCAAAUUCUUGAUUUUUCUACAUUUUUUCCUUAUUGUGUGCUUUUGAAUCAACUGAUGGGAGGAAGCUCGACAGUGGGACGUGGACCAUUUUGCAAUUCAUUCCAAAAUCAUGAAUUUAUCGAAGAUUUGGGUAUUUAAUAUUUAUAAAUGAGUAGAGAUUGUAGUUGAAAAUGGGAAAAGAAACGGAAACAAUCAAAUGAACAUUAGAUAACGUGAGGCAAGGUUUACCAAGUACUAAGGUCAACGUUUGAAAUAGUAUACUUGAAAUUCAAUUUAUAACUUCAUUACAAACGACGCAUUUGGAAAUGAUUUCUGAAGUUAUCCUGCUAUUUCCCUUGGAGAUAGAGCAUGACCGACCUUGUUUCCUUGCCUUAGGAUGAGGCCGUGAUGGAGGGAUUAUCCUCUUAGGACAGACCAAAGGCCGUGAUGCAGGGAAGUUUCCAAGAAAAAUUAAAGCAGCGUAUCAAAACAAGUUAUUUUUCAUUGCUCUUGUAGGCUUCCGUCUCAAUUUUUGUACAUUAGUUUUGGGUCUUGGGCCUUGUGGGGCUACUGAAAUAAAUCUUCCUUGUUAAAAAAUUCAGUUGGCCAUUUAAACCUGUAUGUAUGCUGUACUUGUCCCGUAUAGUAGGAAUAUUAAUAUAUUUUUCCUGAAAUCAUUCCGG